AUGGAUAUUAUUGUAACGAAUGAGGAAGCUGAAACAAUUAGCGUCUUGCUUGGUAAUCCAGACAAAACAUUUCAGACUUCGAUCGAAUAUUCUGUUGGCAACAAUCCAAUGUCAGUAACAGGAGGUUAUUUCAACAAUGAUACGCAAAUCGAUAUAUUAGUAGCAAACUAUGAUGAUGAUAUGGUUAGUUUAGUGUUGGGUGAUGAAGAAGGUACAUUUUCUGAUAUUCAAAUAGAGUACGAUGUUGGCUCGCAACCUAUCUAUGUCAUAUCAGGCGAUUUUAAUAAGGACGGUAAACUCGAUUGGGCAGUUAUCAAUCAAGGUGAUAACACCGUUAGUGUAGCACUUGCACAUGGACAUGGAAUUUUUGAGGAUUUACAGACUUAUAGCGUUGGUACAACACCAACCUCUAUGAUAUAUCAUGAUUUCAACGAUGAUAAUAAGAUAGAUUUGGCAGUGGCCAACUAUGGUGAUAAUAGUGUUAGUGUACUGUUCGGCAAUGGGGAUGGGACAUUUCAGGCUCAAAUCGUUUACGAAGUUGGUAUGAGUCCAAGUGCUGUAGUGGCAGCUGAUUUCAAUCAUGAUAGCCAUAUAGAUUUAGCAUUAAGCCUUUCGAAUGAAUCUUCCAUCGGCGUGCUGUAUGGCAAUGAUAAUGGAAGCUUUCACAGACCUGUAAAGUAUAAGGUUGGUACUUCUCCAAGUGCUAUGAGAACAGACGAUUUUAACAACGAUAGUAGAGUAGAUCUGGUAGUAGUCAAUUCUGGAGAAAACACCUUCAGUAUGUUGAUUAAUGGUGCGAAUGGUACAUUUCAAAAUCAAAUUAAAUAUGCCACUGGUGCGAAUCCAGUGGCGAUCACUUCAGCUGAUUUUGAUAGCGAUAAAAUAAUCGAUGUCUUGGUGGUCAAUAAGGGAGCUGAUAGUGUCGCUUUAUUUAUAUGCAAUGGAGAUGGAACCUGUCGUGGUCGAAUGCCGUACAAGCUUCAGAAGAAAGCCAAUUGGAUGGCAACAGGUGAUUUCAAUAAUGACACCAAAUUGGAUUUGAUAUUGACUGACUCAGUCGAUCAUAGUUUUACUAUACUGCUUGGUGAUGGAUAUGGUACCUUCCAAUCUGAAAUAGUACAGAAGAUUUAUUCCUUGCCACACUUCGUAGUAGUCCAUGAUUUGAAUAAUGACAUGAUGCUGGAUCUGGUUAUUGUCAAUUAUCACACAGACAGCAUCACUGUGAUGCUGGGUAAUGGAGAUGGAACGUUUCAAAAUGGAACACAGUUUGCGACUGCUAAGCGACCAAGUUCUGUAGUCGUGGGUGAUUUUAAUAACGAUAACAAAUCGGAUCUAGCAGUCACCAACUUAGGUUCUCAGAAUAUUAGCGUUCUAUUAGGAUAUGGAAACGGUGAUUUUCAGACUCAUAAAACAUUUAAAUGUGGUGCUAGCCCGAACUUUGUAAUAUCAGUUGAUUUAAAUCGUGAUCAGAUCAUGGAUCUCGUAGUGGCCAAUCUAGGUGAUCAUAGUAUUAGUAUUUUAUUGGGCUGGCGAAAUGGAACGUUUCAAGCUCAAAAGAAGUACGAUGUUGAUAGGGAACCAAGUCAUGUCAUGUCAGGCGAUUUUAAUAAUGACAACAAAAUGGAUAUAGCAGUUGUCGGUCGACUUUCGCAUAAUAUGCAAGUGCUGUUUGGCGAUGGUAGUAUGACAUUUCCAAGCCGCAAACGAUAUGGAACCAGUAGUAGUCCAGGUCCUGCGGUAGCCUACGAUUUCAACAAAGAUGGAAAGACUGAUAUUGCUGUAUUGAACAAACUUUCUAGUGUAUUAUAUAUUUUCCUAAACGAAUGUUCAUAA